GCAGGAGCUGGUGGUGUGGGAACUGUAGGAUUUGGAGGUCCAGGUGGAUUCGGUGGACCGGGCGGUCCUGGAGGACAAGGCGGCCCAGGAGGAGCAGGCGGAGGCGCCGGCGGCGCUGGCGGAUUGUACGGACCUGGAGGUGCUGGAGGAUUGUACGGUCCUGGAGGAUUAUACGGACCUGGAGGAGCUGGUGCACCUGGAGUUCCCGGAGCGCCAGGAGCUCCGGGUAGAGCAGGAGGUAUCGGAGGUAUAUCCGGAGCUGGUGGUGUCGGACCUGGUGGAGUCUCUGGAGGUGCUGGCGGAGGAGGUGUAUCAGUUACAGAAUCAGUUACUGUUGGUGGAGCCGGAGGAGCAGGAGCAGGAGCUGGUGGAAUCGGUGGACCAUCAGGUCUGGGAGGAGCCGGAGCAACUGGUGGAUUCGGUGGUGCUGGAGGACCUGGUGGACCUGGAGGACCCGGUGGACCAGGAGGAUUUGGAGGUGUAGGCGGAGGAGCAGGAGCCGGUGGUGUCGGACCUGGCGGAAUCUCUGGAGGUGCUGGCGGUGCUGGCGGAUCAGGUGUAACAGUUGUAGAGUCAGUUACUGUUGGUGGAGCCGGAGGACCAGGAGCUGGUGGUGUCGGUCCAGGAGUUGUCGGAUCUGGAGGAGUUGGACCGGGAGGUAUUUACGGACCAGGAGGAGCUGGAGGACUCUACGGACCGGGUGCAGGUGGAGCCUUCGGAGCAGGAGGAGGAGCUGGUGCACCAGGAGGACCUGGAGGUCCAAGUGGACCAGGCGGCCCUGGAGGUCCAGGUGGAUUUGGCGGAGGAGCAGGAAUCGGCGGUGGUGUUGGACCAGGAGCUGGGGGUGCUGGACCGUCUGGAGGUGCUGGUGGAACAGGUCCGGUAUCUGUCUCUUCUACUGUAAGUGUCGGUGGUGCUGGCGGACCAGGCGCAGGUGGACCAGGAGCAGGUGGAGCAGGAGCUGGUGGUGUGGGAACUGGAGGAUUUGGAGGUUCAGGUGGAUUCGGCGGACCGGGCGGUCCUGGAGGACCAGGCGGCCCAGAAGGAGCAGGCGGAGGCGCCGGCGGCGCUGGCGGAUUGUACGGACCUGGAGGUGCUGGAGGAUUGUACGGUCCUGGAGGAUUAUACGGACCAGGAGGAGCUGGUGAACCUGGAGUUCCCGGAGCGCCAGGAGCUCCGGGUAGAGCAGGAGGUAUCGGAGGUAUAUCCGGAGCUGGUGGUGUCGGACCUGGUGGAGUCUCUGCAGGUGCUGGCGGAGGAGGUGUAUCAGUUACAGAAUCAGUUACUGUUGGUGGAGCCGGAGGAGCAGGAGCAGGAGCUGGUGGAAUCGGUGGACCAUCAGGUCUGGGAGGAGCCGGAGCAACUGGUGGAUUCGGUGGUGCUGGAGGACCUGGAGGACCUGGAGGACCCGGUGGACCAGGAGGAUUUGGAGGUGUAGGCGGAGGAGCAGGAGCCGGUCGUGUCGGACCUGGCGGAAUCUCUGGAGGUGCUGGCGGAUCAGGUGUAACAGUUGUAGAGUCAGUUACUGUUGGUGGAGCCGGAGGACCAGGAGCUGGUGGUGUCGGUCCAGGAGGUGUCGGAUCUGGAGGAGUUGGACCGGGAGGUAUUUACGGACCAGGAGGAGCUGGAGGACUCUACGGACCGGGUGCAGGUGGAGCCUUCGGAGCAGGAGGAGGAGCUGGUGCACCAGGAGGACCUGGAGGUCCAGGUGGACCAGGCGGCCCUGGAGGUCCAGGUGGAUUUGGCGGAGGAUCAGGAAUCGGCGGUGGUGUUGGACCAGGAGCUGGAGGUGUUGGACCGACUGGAGGUGCUGGUGGAGCAGGUCCGGUAUCUGUCUCUUCAUCAGUUACUGUCGGUGGAGGCCUGUCUACAGGUGGUGUUUUACCUGCCGCUAGUUAUGCUCCUUCGACAAGUGGAUAUGCAAGAUUACCAAAUUUGGUUAAUAGUAUUAAGAGUUCUAUGCAGGGAGGAGGAUUUAAUUAUCAGAAUUUUGGAAAUAUGCUUUCGCAGUAUGCCACAGGUUCUGGUUCUUGCAACUAUUAUGAUUUAAAUCUUUUGAUGGAUGCCCUUUUGGCAGCGCUUCACACCCUCAGCUACCAGGGAGCUUCUUAUGUCCCUUCAUAUCCGUCGCCAUCUGCGAUGUCAGCUUACUCGCAAUACGUUCGAAGAUGCUUCUGAAUGUGAUCCAGUUUUCGUGAUGCGUCUAAUCGGCUUUAACUUUUUCUACAUUACUACAAAAAAUAAUUGCUUUGUGAUUUAAUUGCAUAUGUUUUCAAAUAAUUAAUAAUUUUAUAAGAGAAUAAAAUAUUAUUUUAAAAGCAACAAAAUAGAGUGUCUUAAUUU